GGAUACUCACCACGCUCCAACACAAACUGCUGUCCCUGGAAGCCGCAGUGCUCGAAGCCCACCCAGCUGCGGGAGCCAAGGACCCGAGCUGACCACCGCGAUGUCUGAGACCACAAAAACCACUGCUCCUGGCCAGGCUGCAGAGGACAAGGAGAAGGCGGCCCCGGCACCAGCUCCAUCCUCCGACCCCACUCCUGUCACCAACAGCAAAGGGGAAGAGCCCUCCACGGAAGCUUUCAGGAUUGUCAUCUUCGAGCAGGAGAAUUUCCAGGGCAGGCAGAUGGAGUUCACCAGUGAGUGCCUGAACCUGGCAGACUGCGGGUUUGACAGAGUGCGCAGUGUCAUCGUCAGCUCUGGACCCUGGGUGGCCUAUGAACAAGCCAACAUGCGCGGGGAGAUGUUCAUCCUGGAGAAGGGCGAGUACCCACGUUGGGACACCUGGUCCAGCAGCUACCGCAGCGACUGCUUCAUGUCCAUGCGUCCCAUCCGAAUGGAGGCCGAGGACCACAAGAUCUCCCUGUACGAGUCCGCUGACUUCAAGGGCAACAAGAUGGACAUCCAGGAGGACGACGUGCCCAGCCUCUGGGCUUAUGGCUUUUGCGACCGUGUGGGCAGCGUGAAGGUGCCCAGCGGAACCUGGGUCGGGUAUCAGUACCCCGGGUACCGCGGCUACCAGUACCUCUUUGAGACCGGGGACUUCAGGCACUGGAACGAGUGGUGCGCCUUCCAGCCCCAGAUCCAGUCCAUCCGCCGCAUCCGGGACAUGCAGUGGGACCAGAAGGGCACCUUUGUCACCCCCGAGGCGCCCUCCAACUGA